GAGCAGAAGAGAUAAGAGUCGGUCAUAGGAAGGGAGCUCUGUUUCCUGGUCGUGUGUGUGCGUCUCGCCAGCCUAGGAAGGAUCGUCCGCGCGUCUCUCGUCAGCCCCGCGUAUCGCCGAAAUGUCGUACGCGUACCUCUUCAAGUAUAUCAUUAUCGGGGACACAGGAGUUGGAAAGUCCUGUCUUCUUCUUCAGUUUACGGAUAAAAGAUUUCAGCCAGUCCAUGACUUGACAAUAGGAGUCGAGUUUGGCGCUCGUAUGAUUACCAUCGAUAGCAAGCAAAUUAAACUGCAGAUAUGGGACACUGCAGGCCAAGAGGCAUUCCGUUCUAUAACAAGGUCGUAUUACCGUGGAGCGGCCGGAGCUCUAUUGGUAUACGACAUUACACGUAGGGAAACUUUUAAUCAUCUUACAACAUGGCUGGAGGACGCGAGGCAGCACUCGAAUUCCAAUAUGGUCAUCAUGUUAAUCGGCAACAAAAGUGAUCUGGAUAGCCGAAGAGAAGUGAGGAGAGAAGAGGGCGAGGCCUUUGCACGGGAGCACGGUCUUGUCUUCAUGGAGACCAGUGCUAAGACUGCCGCCAAUGUAGAAGAAGCGUUCAUCAAUACGGCAAAAGAAAUAUACGAAAAAAUACAGGAAGGAGUCUUUGACAUUAAUAAUGAGGCAAACGGUAUUAAGAUUGGACCACAGCAUUCGCCAACAAGUCCGGGAGGUUUAGCAGGAACUGGUGGACAAGGUAGCGCGCAAGGUGGUGGGUGCUGCUAGGGGCUGGGGCUUACUUGUCCACCGCUUCAUCCUUCUCCGAUCUGAAUUGACCUUACUCCUGCUCUUCAUUUUAAUCUGAAACACAUUUACUUUGUACAACUUAAUUUUGCGCAUGUCGCGUCAUGAGGUAACAAGUGACAAUUGGUGUAUUUAUUAGUUAAAAUAAUCUUAUACACGUAAUACAUAGGAUUAUUGUAAGACGAAAAUGUUAUACAUCACUAAAAUCAUGAAGCAUUAAUAAAGUCUUUAUUUACAAAUUCUCGUAAAGAUAUGAAUGAAGUUGUAUCACUCUUUAACAUAUUUCUGGCGGAUUUAAUUCUAAAGCAACGGACAUUCUAUGCAAUUAUUAUUUAUAUAAUCAUUAUAUAUAUAAAUAUAUAUAUAUAACCAUUUUCGUUCUUGCACAUCACGUAAUAUAGUUUUACUUUCUAUGCAUAAUAUGGGAUAUUAUUUUAAACUGAUAUCUAUGAGAUUCCAUUAAGUUUUAUGUACAAUCUUUUACGUUUUAUUUACUUUUUAUUUAAAGUAUGAAUAACAUAAUUUAACUUUACUUACAUUGUAAAAUCUAGCUAAAGGCUUGUCUCCCAGCACGUCGUAAAAUAAUUGUAUUAAGUAAGGUUAUUAAUCAGGAGAUAAAGCGGGAGAGGAGCAGGCACUUCGAGUUAAUGUUUUAUAUUUGUUUCAUAUGUAUUGUGUACUGUAAUGUAAUGUGCACUAAUGAUCAAAAUUCCAUUCUAUCGAUAGUGGCUCAUGGACGCUGAUGUACCAGUUCAAUUAAUUUGACGUGAUUUACACCUAUUACUUAAAAAAACUACAUUAUAUAUAUGUAUGUAUUGAUGUAUAAGAUGAUGAUUAUAUAAAACAUAUAUUAAUCAAUGCCAUGAGAAGGCCUA